UUUCGCCUACCAUUAAAGCGUCGUGUGGUGGACGGUACGCGAGCGAUUGGCCUUUUUUUACAUUUCAUAUCUACAUAUAAGAUCACUGCCAAAUGAAUCGUCGAUCGUAGUACCCCAUUAAUAUAUUCGAAAAGUAGUAGUAUAGUAUACAAGAUAUAUUAUAGCCAUACAUACACGCAUAUUCGAUCUACCAGUGCAUUGCUCGCGUAUUUGAUCUUUGUUUUGCUCGAUCAUCAUGAAUCCUACGAAUCGGCGUGUUGUUUUCGUUUCGGUUGUUUUAUUCGCAACCUUGGUUCAAGUGAGUUUUACUCAAUAUGUUGGAGAUGGUGUUGAUACCGCUCAAGAUGCCAGAUCUAAGUCGGAUGAGAUUUUAUCCAAUAUCAUGCAGGAUUGUGUGAACAGCCAAGUGGAUUCGGUUACUACCUGCCUUAAAUUAAAGGUAUUACACUACUUCGACUACGACGUCAGCCGUAUCGCCAGCCCGAGAUCAUUAUCGGACAACGACGUCGAAAAAAUCGAUCGUUUGGUAGUGAAACGUUUCCAAAAAUACUUGAAAUCUCGCCAGUUCGAAAUCCAGUUACCGGAAUUUUUCUUCCAACGAGCCACCUUGGUAUUCAACCCCGAUAAAAGUUUAGCCGAUUUCGACGUAGUGUUCCCCAAAUCGUCUGAAAGCGAAGAUCGUUCAAUGUCAGCAGCACGCGACAUGAUGCAACAAAAAGCACUGCUACCGUUGCUGAUGAUGUUGAAAAUGAAGCUGAAAAUGAUCACACCCAUUAUGUUAACGUUAGUCAGUAUCAAAGCGACGAAAGCUAUGCUAAUGAGUAAAUUAGCUUUGCUAAUGGUUACCAUAUUCAUGGCCUCGCAAUUGCUCAAAAAGCUCGGUAUGCAUUUGCCAAUGCUACACCCUCCGCCAAUGGAAAUGGGCAUGGCUAUGGCCGCCGUCACAACGCCACCUUCGUAUGGAGCGCCGGCGCCUUUACCACCUUCGUCGUCGUACGGGCCAUCGCCGCCUUCCCAAAGCUACGGUUCACCCUCUUCCAGCUCUUACUCCGAGCCGAGUGCUGCCUCUUGGGAACCAAGUUCCGCCUCUUCGAAUACCUACUCGAAAGUUUGGGAUCCGCAGCAGUUAGCUUACAGUGCUUACUACAAAUCCGCGCCUUCUUCGUCUUCCUCUCUUUCUUCGUCCUCUUCUUCAUCUACGUCGUCGGUUUAAGUACCUCUACCUACAUCAACGAGCAAGAUUUUCUUUACUUCUCGACCCCUCAUUCUCUCAUUUGUUUUCCUCCCCAAUGUGUGUACCUGACUGAUUGUGUAGGUACAUUCGAGUGACUUUGACUUUCAUAUUUAUUUACGUGUACCCCCUACAUUAUUCUUUAAUUUAUUGAUGAUGUUGAUGUCGUCGUUGUGUAGAUAUUUGCAAAAAUUGACGUUAAGUAGCACGAUUUUUUUGUCUUGUUGAAAAAGUAAAGCACUUUUUUCUUUCACGUAAUAAAUCCUUUUCGCCUUCA